UCUUGUAAACAUGGCGUUCGGAGAGAGACGUAGAGUGACUCGUUUAAAGAGUGUUUUGUCAGUUUUCCUUGUGUUAUUCUACUCUUAUUGCCCCGUUGAGGCUGAAAUCAGUUCAGCUUUCAUCGAUCUGCAGACAGGCCAGUUAACGAUCACUGAGGGAUACCGGGACGACUUCGUUGCCUGGGCGAACUUUACUGACGACAUCGAGAAGUCCGGCUGGUCCUACCUGGAGGUCACGACCAGUCACCGCUACAAUGACAGCAUCCAGGCGUACGCGGCCGGGGCGGUGGAGGCUGCUGUCACCUCCCAGCUCAUGUACAAACACUGGGUGAACACCCUCAUGGGUUACUGCGGGCCCAAGACGUUUGACACGGGUUACUGCCAGCGACUAAAGAAGUACAUCACCACCAACCUGGAGUGGGUGAUGGAACAAAUCCAGGAAGAGGGAAACACGCCUUACUGGCACCAGGCCAACCUGGCCCUGCUGCAGCUGAAGGGCUUGGAGGACAGCUACAACGACGAGAUGGCCUUCCCCGACGGGCCCUUCUCCAUCAACCCCUUCGGCUUCCUGCUGUUCCAGAUGGGCGGGGACAUCGAGGACCUGGAGUCGGCGCUCAACAAGUCGAGCCUGACGCGCCCGCUGGGGGCGGGGUCCUGCUCGGCCCUCAUCAAGCUGUUGCCCGGCUACAGAGACCUGCUGGUGUCCCACGACACCUGGAACACGUACCAGUCCAUGCUGCGCAUCAUGAAGAAGUACAGCUUCUCCUACAGCGUCUCUCCCAAAGACAGCGCUUCGGUCCCCGGGGGAACCGUGGCCUUCUCCUCCUACCCGGGAUCCAUCUUCUCUGGGGACGACUUCUACAUCCUGAGCAGCCGUCUGGUGACCUUGGAGACCACCAUCGGGAACAGCAACCCGGACUUGUGGAAGUUUGUGCAGCCGACGGGCGCCGUGAUGGAGUGGCUCCGGAACAUCGUGGCCAACCGGCUGGCGGCCAGCGGACAGCAGUGGGCGCAGGUCUUCAGCAAGCACAACAGCGGGACGUACAACAAUCAGUGGAUGAUUGUGGACUAUAACCAGUUCAUUCCCGGGCUGCCAGUCCUGAAGGAGGGGGUGCUAACGGUUCUGGAGCAGAUUCCGGGGUUGGUGAUGUAUGGGGAUAAGUCUCACGAGCUGCGGGAGAAAGGAUACUGGGCCAGUUUCAAUAUCCCGUACUACCCAGAGAUCUUCAACGCCAGCGGCUGCAACGAGCUGGUGGAGAAGUUCGGCCCCUGGUUCUCUCUGGACCAGAGUCCCCGGGCUCAGAUCUUCAGACGGAACCAGACGGCCGUCACCGACCUGGACUCCAUGGUCCGCCUCAUGAGGUACAAUAACUACAAAGAGGAUCCGUUGUCGCAGUGCGACGCCUGUAGUCCCCAUGCCAACGGGGAGAACGCCAUCUCCGCCCGCUCGGACCUGAACCCCGCCGACGGGACCUACCCGUUUGGGGCUCUGACCCAGAGGCCGCACGGAGGGACGGACAUGAAGAUGACCUCGUACGUGAUGUCUCGGGGGUUCGAGAUGCUGGCGGUGAACGGGCCGACCGCAGACCAGGUGCCCCCCUUCCAGUGGAGCACCUCGCCCUACAAGGACCUGCUGCACAUGGGACACCCCGACACCUGGACCUUCAAGCCCGUUAAGGUCACCUGGUCCUAACGAGGACACGGGACCACGGGCAGUGGGCUGAUGAACCACUAGGGGCCCGCUCUGCACUAUCCCGCCCCACAUGGGGGCCCCACGUCCUCAAGGCUGGACCUCAGUGUAAUGAAAGGCCUGAUGCCCGAGCUUCAGCCUCCGUGUGCAUCAGCUGCAUGUGGAUGCCUCUACGGGGUCAGAUUACCCACCCAUUCAGAAUCAUUGCUGCACAGCUUUGGAUCUCAGGAAACACUUUAUUUUUAAAAUAGCUGCUUUUUCAAAUUUUUCUUUUUAAAAAUGCAAAGAAUACCACAGAAGCGUAGUGCAUUCACGCGAGAAAGUAGAGUCUGAACAAACGAGCUGGAGAGGCUCUGACCUGCAUGGGAUAUGCUUCUGAUCAACCUCACCCCCCGAAGGUGACCCCCCCUGAAUGAGUUCCAGCUCUUUAGUGAAUGAGAGCUUCUCUUGUAAUUUCAAGGUAUCUUGUUAAUUCAGAAAAACAGCAGUUUUUUUUUAUCCGUGAAGACUUUUUCGGAAUUAUGAGAAAAUUCAGAAAAACAGCAGAAUUUUAACUCCAUAGAAACGUAUCUCAAUUCUGAGAUAUUCAUGUCUUUAAUUCAGAAAAACGAGCAGAAUCAAUUUUCUCAAGUGACUGCAUUACGCUGCGUAGAAUAGAAAAGCAACACGAGCUCCCCCCCCCCCCAUACAUGUUCUGCCUCUUGAUCCUUGAUCCAAAAUAAUGACUUCUUGUCAUUAUUUUGACAAAGAAAUCGUCUGUUGCUGUGUGAACAAUCUAAUUCAGUGUAAAGUUAUUUUUAAAAUGUAUGUAAAUGGUGAUCGCCCACUUCGAUAAAGUGACACUUGGUGAAAGAUAUGAAAAGAGAAACAAUGAGAGAUUAUUUCUUGUAGCAGUUUCUAUGUUCGUCAACAUGAAGGGAAAUUAAUCUAAAAUAAAUUAAAAAUAA